AUGAGUGCUAAAACGAAGAAGGAAAUCUCCAGCGAGGUGACAAACUUUUUAGAUUUAGCACCAAAGGAGCUACAACAACUCAAACAGGAACUCAUCCAGUGUCGUGCCGAUGUCGUCAAGCUGGUCGAUGAGAACAGAAGGUUAUUUACUGAGUUGAAACAUCAGGUCCGGGUACGGCUCAACAUAAUGGAGGAGAACCAACACGGUGGGUUGGCCGAUACCGUGACACUUCUUCAGGAGGAGCGGGACAACGCUCUAAAGGCCCGGGACAAAGCCUUCAGUCUUUUCCAGAGCACAAUCGCCGAAGUGACACGGCUUGACAUGGCGUUAAAAAAGAAAGCAGACUACAUCUCUCCAGAUGAUUUCGAGGCAGCCGUACUCAAGCUAAAAGAAGAACAUCUGUCGAAAGUCGACUCAAUCGAGCGGCAACUGCAGAUCACCCAAAAUGAACUUCGGAGCGCAUCAUCUUCCGUGCACCAAUUGACAUGGAGAUUAUUGCGCGAUGGCAGCACCACUCUGGAUGACAGCCAGGUUCGAAUCGGCGACGUCCUUCAUAGCAUGGAAAACCUGCAAAAACAAUAUAACGAUUUGGAGUUCGCUUAUCAGAAUCUGAGAACAAAAGUUGAUCUCAAAGACAAACAGUUGGAAACACAUCGAUAUCGUAGCAAAGACCUCGAAGAUCAAUGCGAGUAUUUAAAGGAUCGCUGUCAGCAACUAGAAAUGCAAAUUUCCCAAGCACUUCAGCAUGCCGAAGCUAGUGUCCAGGCAGCGGAACUCGCUGUGGCGGAACGCAACACAAUGACAAUACACGUUCAAGAUCUACAGCGCCUUGUCGAGCAACUAAAUAAAAAAAUCACUGAGAGCACAUUAAACCAGAAGAAGGAGAUAGCAACUCAGGUGGAGAAAAUCCGUUUGGAGCUGGAGGCAGAUAAAGCCGAUUUGAGGGCACAGUUAGUUAUAGCUCAAGAAAAAGCUAAAACAUUUGAGGAUGAAGCUGCUCGAGUCACUCAACAACGACACGACCUCAACGAAAAGCUCAAUAAAUUAAUGGAGGGGGAAAAAAUCGACAGAGAACAAAGGCUAAAAGAUGAAAAGGUCUUUCGCGAAACGACAAUUCAGGAUGUCGUAGAGAGGAAAAAAGAAGUUCUCGAAGAGCGGCUACGGCGGGAGGUCGCGGAAAAACGUCAGCGAGAGGAAAAUGAAGAAAAAAGGCGUCUUCAGAAAAAACUUGUCGAUGCUGAAAAAGCGUUUCAUGAUUUGAAGGCGGAAACUAGACGGAUUCAGACGUCGAUGGCUGAAUUGAAAAAGGAAAGUGACAAGAUCGCUGAAGAAAGGCUCAAAGUUGAGCAAGAACUGCGACGAAAACAGGAGGAAGAAAAUGAAGAUCUUCGCGAAGAAGUGACCAGACUCCUUAAUAAGAUAGCUUUAUUAGAAGAUCUCCAUAACAAGGCAGAACUGGAAUUUCGAAAGCGUAUAACUAAAGCACACAAGAAGGCUAUCGAGUAUAAAAGACUUGUCGAGAUUCUAGAAGAGAGAAUGCGACGACAAGCUGGUCUGGUUAGUAGCUGA